AUGAUAAUUGGACCAAACUUUAAUUAAACUACUUAGGCAUUUGCAAGAGCACAAACUCAGAAGUACCCUCAAUAAUUACCCUUACCGAAUCCUUAUAUGAAUAGUUAGAGUUAUUUUCCAACCUAGGUAUCUUCUUAGUGUGGACUUUGCAUGAAAUCCUUCAACUUAGAAUUGAACUUACCUAAACUCUUGCCUUGUGGGCAUACUUUCUGCUUGUUCUGCUUAACAUUGUAGGAGAAUCAAACAGUGCCAAGCAUUCAGAUUGACUGUCCAAACUGCUACAUUAAGUACUAGCAUGUUCCAGCUGCUCACUUUGAAACAAAUAUCGAGGUUGUCAAAGUACUGGAGAAAAUGCAGUAGAAUUUGCAAUUAUAGCUGCCUCACUAAAUAAUGCAAUCAGGUCAGUAAUAUGGGUAUAACGGAGUUACUAUUGGAAACCCUAAUUCCUCCUACUAUUCCUACAGGUCGCCUUAAAAAGUAAAUUAUUCUGGCCCUACUUACGGGACUCCAACAAGGCCAUAAAUCAGCACUCUUAAUCAUAAUGGAUCUCAAGAUAUUAGACAAGUUGCUUAGAUAUUUGAAGCAAUGAAACUAGAAGCAAUACAAAACUCACCUUAACCUGAUAUAAGAAAAUCAAAAUCGCCUAUCAGAAGCAAAACUCUUUAAGAUUUCGAUCCUCGUAAUCUUUCUCCUGUUUAAAGAUCAGCUAAUAAUUAAUAACCAUAUCAGCUCUGUGCAAGAGAAGGAUGUACCAGGCCAAGAUUAGUAUUAAUGGAUGGCUGGGUCAAAACUAAUUAUUGCUCAAAGUAAUGUGAUGAUCUUGAUCAGAAUAAAGGGGCUUAUGUAAGAAACUCCGAUGAUCUUUAUCGUUAAGCUAGCAGAGUAUAAGGUAAAUCAAGAAGCAAAUCUCCUAUCAAACUUCAAAACUUUAAUAGCUAAGGAUACUCACCUAUCUAGGGCAAUAGAAGAUCUAAAUCACCUAACCAAAGUCGAACAGCAAUAAAUAAUUUCAAGAAUAAAUCAGUCUUUUCUUCUGAUGAGUCUGGCUUUGAAUCAGAUAAUUAUAAAACUCCCUAAAUCAACAGAGUUAACACAGUUCAAGUGCCUCAUUUUUACAAUCAAAACGCUUAUGAAUAUACUAAGUAGAAUGAUUCUAUGGUAAAGUAACUUAACUAUGAUUCAGAUCAAAUUCAUAAUUCUUCUCAAAGUCAAAUAUAAAAUAGUCUUGGGGCAUUUGGAGAAAGUGCAUUCGAGAAAUUUAUGAGAUCUUAGCAUAAAGAAAAGAGCAAUAAUAGUAUAUUUGAAACACCUAAAACUAAUGCAUUCACAAACUAUACUAACAUGUCGACACCAGUGUCCUUUAAUUAAUCAUUUAAUAGAUAAAAUACUCUAAAUGUUAAUGGAAAUACAGUCUAUUAAUAAUAUCAUUAGAACUCUCACUUCAAUGAUUAGAUCGUUCAAGACUCUAAGCUAGACAUAUACUUAGCACCUAAUGACCCUUCAAAGUGUACAAAUCCACCUUGCAGAAAUAGAAAAUUUAUCCUAAACGGAAUGUACUUGCCAGUUUGCAGCAGGAAAUGUGCCCAAACCCUGAACAUAGUCUUCAAUCACUGA